AUGGAGAGUUCUCUUAAUGAGUUCUGCAUCGGAGUGCUCUACGACGACAAAACACCAAAGAAAGCAAACCCCAAAAAGGACAUGAUGUGGUUUAGGUGUAACUUGGCUUCCACAGCAGGUUCGAUUCUGAAAGCUUACCAGAGCGGCGUCGCGCUUGCCCAAAAAAUUGUUCUUCGAUGCAACGGCACAAUACUCGAAUCGACCGACACUGUUUCUAAAUUUAACACUAGCCUUGAUAAAGUCGUUGUCAUCGAGGCAGUCGCCCAGUCAACCUCAACAUUUUCCAACCAUACCUCACAACGAGAUCCCCUUCAUGCCCGUUCAACCAACGAUGUGGCGAUUAAUACAGAAGCAAGCAUGGACCAGCAGACACCGACCAAGCAUACGCUGCCCUCAGCUGGCGAUAUUGUCCAUGCUCUGCCAUAUCAAUUGCCACCAUCACCAGAAAUUGAUAGACUCCAACUUGUCAAUGUGAUGAAUCUCAUUUGCAAAUAUGAGGGCACCGACAAGAAUGCUCUGAAUGAGCAUUUGCUUACUUACGGAGAAUUGAUGUUGCUCUUCACCAUGAUCGAUUUUGUACAUGAGAAACUCGCCCAUCUUCGCGACCAACAGGGAGCAACCUUUACUUCAUUUAGUGCGAUCGAUCGACAAAAUAUUUUGAAUCAAUGUAUAGAGAGCGGGUUCGCCGCACAAGAAAUGAUCCGAUUCAAGAACGAGAAUGCUGGUUUCUAUGCGUUCUAUCUUUCGACCAAAGAUAAAUAUAUUGCGCAUGUUAAGACAUACGGGUCAGACAAGGCUUUCAUGAUGGUGCACUCGGACUGGAGAGCAAUGAGUCACCGUAAGAUCGCAUACUGGGUCCGAAAUGGCAGUAGCCUACAAUACACGCCAGUCGCUAUGUCAACCGAUCCGCACCAGACUCAGAGCAUCGAGACAGCAAUUUCGUCCGAAGACAAGAUCACUAAUUCUCCAGAGCCAAAAUUUCCCGACUCGGAAUUGUCUAGAGCCAACGACCCCGAAGUAGAGCCCUCGGAACAAUUCAGUCUGCAAACCCUUUUCACCGAUUGUACCUCUGAGCUUUUGGAAGCUGGAGUUGAGCAUGGUGUCAAGUUGCUGGAACAUUUGAAGGAACCCCUGCGCCGAGUCGCCCCCGAUCUAGAUGCAGCCGAAUGGUUGAAAAGUAUAGAAAAUCUUCAAAAACAAGCUGAGCAACCAAAAACGAUUGUUGGUGUUGUUGGAAAUACCGGUGCCGGAAAAUCUUCAGUCAUCAAUGCCAUGCUUGAUGAAGAACGCCUGGUGCCAACCAACUGUAUGCGAGCAUGCACGGCGGUUGUCACGGAAAUCUCCUACAACUAUGAAGAGAUACCCUAUCGCGCAGAGAUUGAGUUUAUCACGGAAAAUGACUGGGAGAAGGAGUUACAUAUUCUAUUCAGCGAUCUGUUGGAUAGUAAUGGAAAUGUCUCUCGCGAGGCAUCGAAUCAAGAUUCUGAGGUCGGUGUUGCAUAUGCCAAGAUCAAGGCAGUCUAUCCCAAAUAUACGCACGAAAUGUUGACAAAGACUACUGCUGAGAAGUUAUUGAAGCACCCCGCAGUUCAAAAAGUGCUUGGUGGAAAGAAGAACAAUGCUGAUUCAAAUCCAGAAGCAUUCUAUAAACAUCUCCAGUCUUAUGUUGACAGUAAAGAAAAGACAACCGGCGUGGAGAAGAAGCCAGCGAAGCCUUCCAUGGAAAUGGAGUACUGGCCGCUUAUCAAAGUAGUCCGAAUUUAUGUCAAAGCUGCAGCCUUGUCGACAGGCGCUGUGAUCGUCGAUUUACCUGGAGUUCACGACUCCAAUGCUGCUCGCGCUCGUGUUGCCGAAGGUUAUAUGAAGCAAUGCACCGGCUUGUGGAUUGUGGCUCCAAUAACUCGGGCGGUCGAUGACAAAGCCGCAAAGUCUCUUCUUGGAGAGACAUUCAAACGACAACUCAAGAUGGAUGGCGGGUUUGAUUCAGUCACAUUCAUAUGUAGCAAAACUGAUGACAUUAGCAUCCUCGAAGCGCAAGAGUCACUGGGACUAGAGCAAGAGAUGGGUGGGCUGUGGGCCAAAUCUGACGAAUACAGCUCUGAAAAGCGAAAGCUCAAGAAACGGCUCGAUGAGCUGAAGCAGAUCAAGGAGGAAUAUACUGCAGUUGUGGAUGAAAUUGACGAGCAAAUUGAGAUCUGGGAGGCCCUCAAUGAUGACAUUGACGAUGGCAAGACCGUUCAUGCGCCACGUGACAAAUCAUCCUCCAAGAAGCGAAAACGUGGUAGUAAGAGCAAUGCUGCAGGCGCAUCACCGAAGAGGCAGCGUUCAUCAGACUCAGAUCUCGAUAGCGAUUAUGUCGAAGAUGAAUAUGAGGGGGAGCCUGAUAGCGAAGAGGAUGAGUCGGAAGCCUAA